AUGAAUAACUUGAAUAGAUUUCGACAUAUAAUUCGAGAAGGACCUGAUUAUGUUUGUAUAUCAUGUCGAUUAGCACUUUUUCGUAAUCAAGUAAUACCAUUCGUUGAAGAAAAAUAUAUAAAACCGAAUAUGUCGUAUGAAAUAAAGAAACAUAUUCAAUGUUUCUUUAACUAUUCAUCGUCAACAGAACCAAAAUGGAUUUGUAAAUUAUGUUCAGAUAAAAUAAAGAAACGACAAAUGUCGAGUCGAGCAAUCUUAAAUAAGUUGAAAGUUUGCGAAGUUCCACCUGAAUUGAAAAAAUUAAAUAAUCUUGAAAAACAUUUAAUUGCUUUAAGAUUACCAUUUAUGAAAAUUGUAAAUUUAAUAUCAGGAAAAGUAGCAAGUAGAUUAGCACAAAAAGGUACUAAAGGACCACUUCAUUGUGUACCAUCAGCUGUACAAGAUACUGUGACGAUAUUAUCUCACCCAGUUGAUAAAUCCAUGAUGAUUCGAUUACAAUUGAAACGACGAUUGAAAUAUAAAGCUAUUUGGAAAGAACAACUCAUAAAUCCGAGUGAUGUACAAGAUGCAUUAUUUGUUUUAACUAAGAUGCAUCCCGGAUAUAAAAAUAUUAAGAUAAAUGAAAUUGAUGAAAAUUAUCUUAGUUCUGAUCAAGAAAAAAAUUUAAAAAAAAUAUGUGAUGUAAAAAUUGAAACAAUGGACGUUGACACUAUUGAAAGAGAAAAUUUAAUUGAAGAAACAGAAAUAGCUAGUGAAAAUCGUUUGAAAGCAUUAGCAUUAGGUGAUAUUGAUAACAGUACCAAUAGUGAUGAGGAAAUCGAUGAAGAUGAUAAAGAUAUUCUUACAAAAUAUAAUAUUGGUACAGAUUCAUGUACUCAACCAUGUGAUUUUAAUGAUUUUCUAGUUUUUGAUAAAGAACCAUGUGUAGUGGCACCAGCAGAAAAAAAUAAAUUGAGUUCAUUGUUGACGGAUAAAGCAAUUGAAGCGUUAGCCUUCCCUCAUUUAUUUCCAGAUGGGCAAGGCUCAUAUGACGAAGAUCGUGAAACAAAACUCAGAUGGAAAGAAUAUUGUGAAGCAAGUUAUUUUCAUCAGAUUCUCGAUUUGCUUCCGAUUCAAGUUAUAUCUUUUAUCUACAGUAUUUAG